AUGUCAGAAGUCACAGUCCUCCGCAAGGAACUCACCAUCUUACAGACUCGGCUGGAGGCCCUGGAAACAAGACUGACGACAAUGCUUCCAUCUCAUGUUCAACUAUCAAGCCACAAGCUCGCGACAGCCAAGGAUAAGACGGUGAAGAGCAAGGAAACGAUCUCGCAUGUUUCAGUUAAACAUUCAAAGAAAUCUUGCUCGGACACGAAGGGGAAUUCCCAAACCCUCCGAAGCCGUUCGUUUAAGGUGAUGCGACACCUCAUUAACGUUGUCGACAUUUCCCAUCUUGGUCAGCAGCAAAUGAAAACUGAAGUAAAAAGAAAGACUUCAUCGCUUUCCCGGACCACAGGAACGAUACCAGCUGAACGCCUUGAGAAUUCGUCGAACGACCAGACCUCGUUUCUGAAGACCACCGGAGCUGCCAGGAGAUCUGAAUCCAAGCAUUCAGGACUGGCCUACACGUCUGAUACACCUAAAAUCUUCCAUCCUAAACGUCCUCGCAAGGAAGUUCAGAUCACCGGGGCAUCGACAUUGUUCCAAUCACCAUCAAGCCCUAAAGGCCCUUUCUCAGCUACCGUGCUUCCAACAACAACAGAUUUGCAAAGACUGAUGAAAGACAAAUCAGUGCAGGAGCCUGUGAGACCUCCAAGUAGACUGGAGACGACUCUCAACGAAAGCUCUGACUCCUCUCGAUACCUGCACCCUAAGCGACCUCGCAAAGUCAAGUUUCCCAACAACUCGACUACUUUAAAUCAACAGUCAGAAGUGGUAUUUCCCAAGACAGCUGAGAUUUCUAUGGUCACAAGGACACCAGAAAACAUCCUGCCCGAAGUUUUUGCGUAUAACAAACUCCCACCUCGCUGUGGACGAUUCUCACUCCUCAAGCACGACCCUGCUAUGCUAGAUCUCCUGCCGAUAUCAGUCAAAGAGAAACAAUUCAUUAAAACUUCAUCAGUGACAGAUAUAGAAAACUUACAACAGGCUUCAGAAAUUUUAGUUCAAAGACAAGUGCUUGGUAUUUGGGAAUGGAAAGCAGGUACCUCAAGAGCUACACUUCACGAAUACAAGACACCUGAACUUGGGACUACUAUAAGCAACAGAAGAUUUAAGUUUGUUGGAUUUGCAUGGAAAGGUGCUUUAGGACAACAGCCCCCAAGAAUAGAAGAACUUCAUGAAGACAUCUCACAAGGGGCCGACACUCUCCGAUGGUAUUGGUUCAAGGAUCUCUGGUUACUUUUUUACUUUGAUUAA